AUGACGACGCCACGAUCGGCAAGCAACGCUGCAAAACACGCUCUUGCGAGAUCAGCCACAAUUCGCAGCGUUCCCAGCCUCGACGGCUCCGAGUCCAGUCCCGACAGCAAACGCAGUGCCCUUUCCAGCAGCGUCAAUUCCACCGCCGGCACCGCCGCAACCAUGCCGGGCGUAGACGCUCAACAAGACAAGACGCCUUUGACGACCAGGUCAAGGCAGGACGGCGGGGCUGACACGGCGAUUUCAAGAUGGCAUGGCAAUGGUGUACGGGCCGUUGAGCCGUCCCUCCCACACGAUCCAUCGACGUUGUCCGAAGAGGUAGACAAUGGACAAUGGGACUCAACAAUCGGGAAAGCUGGACUCGGAAAGACGGGACGCGUCAUUAAUAAGCUUGUCAGCGACAAUGACGCCUUGAAGCGAGACAUUCAGAUCGAGCGAUUACGAGCAGAGGAGGCCAAGCAGGCUGCCAAAUUGCUAGAAGACAAGAUGGAACGAAUGGUGAACGAGUACGAGGGUCGACUGCUAGAAGCAAAUGUAACAAAGACGCUAUUGGCUCGGAAAGAACGUCAGGUAGAGUCGCUGACGGGUGCGGUGGAACUCGAGAAGAGGAAAACACAAGCCGCAACGACGAGCGAGAGAAGCUGGAAAGACGAACUGGACCGGGUGAAGAACGAGUCAAAGGUCCGCGUGGACGAGGCAACGAGCUAUGCGCAGUUGAUGGAGGGGCGGUAUAACGCAAUCUCCUCUCACUGGCGAGAUCAAGGCGAGGAAGUCAAGCGUGCAAUGACCAAGAUCAAGGGAGAAAUCACAACCAUUGUCGACGAACGGAAGUCUGACGACGACAAGAUCACCACAUUGCGAGACUUGUGCGAACAACAAGACAACAAUAUCAAGGAACUACGGCGGGAAAAGGAAAAGAUUGCUCGGCUAUUUGAGGAGUAUAAGAGGACUCAGGAAGAGGACUUGAAAGACAUCAAAACCAACGCGAAGAAGAGAGAAGUGGAACAAGAAAAGCAACUAGAAGAGGCGAGAGAAGCCCUGCAUAAGCUGAAAUGGGCCUUGAACGUCAAGGAGAACGUAAAGGGCGCACAAUAA